UGACAUUAAUUUAAGUGAUGUACAACUAUUAGAACCUCUUCUUCUUAAUAAACGUGUCCAAUCUAAAACUGUUACCAGAUAUCCUGGUUUGGUUCUUCAUGUUGUAAUUGAUGAACAAGGAAUCAUCAGCUGGAGAGAGUUUGAUUUUUCAAAAGAUGCAACAAAAUCAAAACUUUUAAGAUCAGGAAACAGUGAGAAAAGUAGUACCUAUGAAUUCACCGUAGAAGAUUUUGAGCUUUUACCGAUAAAAAAUGGUGCUUAUGCUAUCACAAUUGCUUAUAACUUAAGCACUAAUAUUGGCAAUGGAACGAUAUACGAAGUUGAAACCUAUAUUAUUCCACCUUUAACAAGUCUAAAAAAUAAUUUGACUAAAUUCACUUUAUAUAAAUCUGAAGAUGAUCUUCAAGAAAUUAGAUUAAUUGGGUGUCAUGACAACAUUGUUGCUGGCACCAGCAAUUCUUCUCAGAGUGAAGAUGCGUGUUUUCUGGAAAUUGAAAAAUCAAAUAAAUUUUCAUGGAUGCAAUUAUCAUUUUCAACUGAAGGUGUAACUAAUCCUUUGGCAACAUUUGGAAAUGAUUCUUUUUAUGACACAGACACAAAAGAACGUAUUUAUUCUGUGAUGGGAAUGUCUAGAAACAAUACUGAUAAUUAUAUGGUGAUAACAAUUAAUACCAGUGAUCCAAAAACUGCUCAUUUUUCUGGUUAUAUUUACAAUGAAUCGAAUAGAACUUAUACUCAUUGGGGUUUUCCAGAAGGAAUGCAAUUUAGUGGUUUAUUCAAAAUGUUACCAAAUGAUACUCUGAUAGCACCUUUGGUCUCACCUGCUAAUUCUAAUUUUUGGUCAUUGGAAUCAACUGUUAUCAAUGUUGAAGGAUCACAAACGCAUAGUGAUUUCGAUAUUAAUGCAAAUAUUAUGGAAUUUAAUCCAAAAAAUGGAACAACUGUUCCCUAUAAUCUUGGUGAAGUAAAUGUAACCAUAUCCAGUGAAGAUGUAGUAAUAGGAUCCGGAAAUAUUGUCAUUUAUCAAUUAUUAAAUAACAAUGAGACUCUAUUACGACAAACAACACCAGUAAAUUCUCCAUUUGUAUAUUUAGAACAUGACACUACAAGCGCAUAUCAUACAAUUUUGCAUUGUUCACCUCUUCUAUCCAGUACAUUGAAUCAAGCUAAUGGUAAUUACCUUGUGCACUUUGACAAUAGUUUAUUAAUGACCAAGGAAAAUACUUCAAUUCCCAUCCAAGACAUAAGCUUUACAGUUGGCGAGAUUCCACCAGAUGGAACUGAAGAUGAAUUUGAGAAAGGAAUUUUUCGAUUAUCUGUUGAUGGAUCAGAGCUUUUUAAAACAUUGAAAGGAGAAGAUAGAGAUAAUUAUUUUUUUCAUUUAAAGCAUGAAAUGGCACAAUUCGUCCCUAUUAAACCUUCCAGAUUGACUAUAUCUAAUCAAACUCAAAUUGACUCCAGCAGCAUUACACAUCCACAAGUCUUAAUAACGUUUAUAAUUGCAGCAACUGAAAACGAUAAAGAAAGAAGUGCAAAAAGAUUGCUUUCUGAUAUGAAUACAAUGAUUACUAAUAAACAAUACACCAACAUUUCCGGCGAUACUUAUCUAGACUUUCUUGACACUACUUAUGGUGUUCAAGAAAUUCCUAAAGGAAUUUCGUUUAGUAGAGUUGGAUUUAAAGGGUUUAUCGCCUUAUUUGGAUUACUUGCAGAUACAGUGGUUGUUAUGGAAUCUGUAUUCACUACCAGUGAUGGUGGUACAUCUGGAAUCCAAUCAAGACAUGAAGAAACCGAACCAAUGUUAACCAGUCAUCAAGAAGUCCAUCAGCAUUAUCAAGAAGAAGAAUCUCAACAUAACGUACACUAUACCACUGAUUUUAAAGUUGAUGAAAACGAGCCUCAUAAAAAAUAA